CGAAUCACUCUCGCCCAGACACCGGAGAGCUCGCGAGUCCCGAAUGGCAAGAGAGGCGAUAAAAGAGACAUAGGGAAUCCCCGAGUGUCGCCGCAACGAUACCGAGCCGGUCCGUGAACGAUGGUGGUUUAAACGCUCGCUUCUGUCGGUCGGCAUGUUGCGGAGACGCGUUUGAUGCGCCCUUGGAACCGGAGCGUCAGUGCUGCGUGAGCGCGUUGAAUCAAAGACGAACAUUUCCUGAAGGAUUUCACUUGCGACUGGACGCGUUCUUCACCCAUGAGGCAGCCAGCGAGCGAGUUGGAUAACAUGGCACUGAGCGGAACGCUUUUACCCUCCAUAACCACCUUCGCGAGCGGCGGGGAUGUGAAGCACAAGGCCGGGAGGGGACCUGGAACUGGCGGUUCAGUGAGUAUCAAACAGAGAUGGAUGGAGGAUAUGUCUCAACUGAACCGCUCCUGCCUGCCUACCGGUGGGAUCCGCACUGACCAGGACGUGCCGUCAGUCAUGGCCAAAACAGAACCGGAAGAGCUGGAUCUUUUGGACUACGACUUUAUUUUGUCGAACAGUAUGCUCCAGCAACAACAACAGCAACAACAACUGCAGCAGCAGCAAGAGGCCUCCAUGGCCAGUGCCUCCAGAACUCUUUCAUCUUCUCCCAUGUCUUACACCUAUCAGAUGCCCUCUCCUCAGGGCCAAGACUCCAACAUGCUGUACAACCUCCCAGACAUCAGCGACGUCUCUCCCUCCGGAGGAUUCGUUGCUGAAUUGAUGAGGCCGGAACUGGACCCUGCAUAUCUUCAGCCGACCAGCCUUCAAGGCAAAUUUGUUGUAAGGACGACGAUGGACAUGACGGACUGUAGCCAAGUGUUUUGCGUGGGUAAGACCGGUUCAGCCUCGGACAGUUCAUCUCUGCCGUUUGUGUGUCCUCGGAUAAAGCAGGAAAGUCCCAGCCCCUGCACCAUCACCCGGCCGAUGGACAUCCACCUGAGGGUGAACUCACAACCCGGAGGGAGUCAGAGACCCCCGAUGGACUUUCCCACCGCACAAGGAGCCAUGGGGGCCGCUCGCUCUUCAACUUCCUCUCUUUCUCCAGACGAGCAUCCCCAGGCGCUGACCCUGGCCCAAGGAUAUCACCCGCCUUCGGCUUAUUCGGCCUUUCCACAGGCUCCCGCACAGUCCCUGCCGUACCAAGACCACGUUUCUUCAGCCGAGUGUUUCCCUGAAGAAUCCAAGCCCAAGCGGGGUCGACGUUCCUGGCCGAGGAAGCGGGUCGCUUCGCACACGUGCGAUUACGUGGGCUGCGGCAAAACAUACACCAAGAGUUCGCACCUGAAAGCUCAUCACAGAACCCACACAGGAGAAAAGCCGUAUCACUGUGACUGGGAGGGAUGUGGCUGGAAAUUUGCCCGUUCGGACGAGCUCACAAGGCAUUACAGGAAGCACACGGGCCACCGGCCCUUUCAGUGCCAAAAAUGCGACCGGGCCUUCUCCAGGUCAGACCAUCUUGCGCUGCACAUGAAACGGCAUCUAUAGGACUGGAAGAUGGACUAGUAAACCAAGUGUUGCCUUUGAACAAAAGUCAACAAAACUAGAGCAUGACAUUCUGUGCUGUCCACAGGAUCAGGGAUGGGACAGGUAUUUUUUUCUUUGGCUCUUGUUUUUCCCCUUUUGUCAUUGUCGUCUUCCAAAAUGCUGGCGAUUCAAUUUCCUCGCACACUGGGACGUUACUGGAAUGUGCAUCUACUUAAUUACGACAAAACUUGGACGUGCCGAGUGCCAAACACAAAUACUGGAAAUAUAUGAUGAAUAUCAGGGAUGUAUGGAAACUUUAGUGUGUAUGUAUUAAAGAUGCCUUUAAUUGACCUACAUUUCAUCACAUCUCUCAAACUGAUCCGUCACAUGAAUCUAUUUUUUUAUUGCUCUCUAUAAAGCCAUUAAUUUCAGGUACAGAGUAAUUUAUGUGUGUUCCACGUUGGUGCUGAGUAUAGCCGGAUGUAUUCAGUGAGGUACCAAAGAUAAGAAUUUUUUUUCAUUCAUGUCUGCGGGGUUGAACACAUGACCUCUUGGUGAUGGCAAUCUAAACUGCACUGUGGUUGUAAGGUGCAAUAAUUUUGAUAUGUAAGACUAAUACAUAUUUUUAUAGAAGAUUAAAUCCAAAACAACUCUGAACAAAGUUUUUUGUUUAUAGUCAGAAUAAUGUAAUAUAAUCUUACAUAUUGUAUAUGUGUAAAUACUUUUUUUAUUAAGGUUUCUGCAUUUUAUGUAUGAAUGCAAUUAAAUAUAAAUAAAAAUCAAAUGUAUUUGA